GAGGUUUUAGACAACCGCACUUUACCAUCGUCCGCUUGUUCAGAGAAAAAAAAAACAUGGCGGAUAUGGAGGAUUUGUUCGGCAGCGACGGUGACAGUGAAAACGAACAGAAAGAUUCCGUCUCUGGAUCAGGGUCUGGGUCUGACUCUGAGCAAGAACAGCCCCGGUCUGUGAGCAAUGCUUCAGGAAGUGAGAGUGAAAGAGAUGGUCACAAUGACGACGACGAUGAUGAUGAAGAUGACAGAGAGGCUGGGAAACCAAGUAACAAGGAACUUUUUGGGGACGAUAGUGAAGAUGAACGUGGCUCUCAGCAUAGUAUAAGUGAUAAUCGGUCAGAAAGGUCUGAUAAUCGCUCAGAGAUGAGUGUGCAUUCAGAACAAGAAGACAAUGAUCACUCGGAGGCAGAACAGCACAGUGCUUCAGAAGGGGAGGAAGAGGAGGAUGGUGGACAAAGGUCUGAAGCUGCCAGUGUUCAUUCUGAUGCAGAAAGCCAUCAAUCUGAGGCCCCCAGUCCUCGCUCUGAGGGAGGAAGCCCUCAAUCUGAGGCUGGCAGCCCCCGUUCAGAAGCUGGCAGUGCUCGGUCUGAGCCCACGAGCCCCCAUUCGGAGGCUGGCAGUCCUCGUUCUGAAGGUUCUGGAAAAGAAGCACAAACGGAUGAUGAGAAGUGGGAGAGGGAAGUUAAAAGCGAUCAGUCAGAUGAUGAGGUUAAGACUCAGCACUCAGAUGAUGAACAGAGACGCUCUGAUGAUGAGGAAGAUGAAGACCAAGAGCGGAAAUCAGUGUCUGCCAAAGGCAGUGACAGCGAAGGCGAGUUUGUGAGGCAGAAGAGCAAAAAUGUCAUCGCUUCAGAUUCAGAUUCGGACAGUGAUGCUGAAAGAGGAGAAAAAGAGGUCAAACCUGCAGCUACUGAUCUGUUUGGAGAAGCAGACGAUAUUUCUUCCGACAGUGAUGCAGAGAAGCCACCAACCCCUGGGCAACCACUUGAAAAGGAAGAUGGAAUGGAUGUGGAUCAGCAAGAGGAGGAGUCGGUUCCAGAAACUAGGAUAGAAGUUGAAAUACCUAAAGUGAACACUGAUUUAGGAAGUGAUCUCUACUUUGUCAAAUUGCCUAACUUUCUCAGUGUGGAACCAAGACCAUUUGACCCACAGUAUUACGAAGAUGAAUUUGAAGAUGAGGAGAUGUUGGAUGAAGAAGGUAGAACAAGAUUAAAGCUAAAGGUGGAGAACACAAUUCGGUGGAGAAUGCGCAAAGAUGAAGACGGAAGUGAAAUCCGUGAAAGUAAUGCCCGAAUAGUCAAAUGGUCAGAUGGAAGUAUGUCCCUACACUUGGGCAAUGAAGUGUUUGAUGUCUAUAAGGCGCCACUUCAAGGAGACCACAACCAUCUUUUCAUUCGACAGGGAACUGGUCUGCAGGGACAGGCUGUAUUCAAGACCAAACUUACGUUUAGACCUCACUCAACAGACAGUGCAACUCACAGGAAAAUGACGCUUUCUUUAGCAGACAGGUGUUCUAAGACCCAGAAAAUUCGAAUUCUGCCAAUGGCAGGACGAGACCCAGAAUCUCAGCGUAAUGAGAUGAUAAAGAAAGAAGAAGAGAGGCUUAGAGCUUCAAUUCGAAGAGAAUCUCAACAGCGUCGAAUGAGAGAAAGGCAGCACCAAAGAGGUCUCAGUGCCAACUAUUUGGAGCCUGACCGUUAUGAGGAAGAAGAUGAAGGUGAAGAAUCAAUCAGUUUGGCUGCCAUCAAAAGUAAAUACAGAGGUGGAGGAAUUAGAGAGGAACGUGCCAGAAUUUACUCAUCUGACAGUGACGAAGGUUCAGAUGAUGAUCGAACACAGAGGUUAUUAAAGGCUAAGAAGCUCACCAGUGAUGAGGAAGGAGAGAGCUCUCAAAAGAGGAAAUCUGAAGAUGAGGAAGAGAAGAGCAGCAAAAAAGCUAAGAAGUAUGUCAUCAGUGAUGAAGAGGAGGAGGAAGAUGAUGAAUAAAAUUCUCGUGUUGUUUUCCAAAUCUCUUGCUCGGUAUGGAAUUUUAAGGAGCUUCUCGGUUCACUGAGUGUCACUGUGUAGCUCUGAAAUAGAUUUUUUUUUUUUUUUUUUCUUUUUAAGAAAAGUAAUGUUUUGUACAGCAUAUUAAAAUAAACGAGUCUUAUUACAAAAACA